CUGGACGUUCCCCUCACGGGGGGCGCGGAGCGGCCGCUGGGGGGCGCGGCGGGGCGGCGGCGGCGCGAUGGCGGACUACGAGGCGGUGCAGCGCGGGCCGCUGCGGCUGAAGGGCAGCGGCGGGGCCCUGGGCGCCGGCAAGCGGAAGAAGAAAAAGGCGAAGGACAAGGCCCAGAUGCUGGAGCAGAUCGUCAGCAGCAAGAAGCAGGAGGAGGAGAAGAAGCGCGGCCUGGACAAGCGGACGCCGGCGCAGGUGGCCUACGAGAAGAUGCAGGAGAAGCGGCAAAUGGAGCGGAUCCUGAAGAAAGCCUCCAAAACCCACAAGCAGAGGGUGGAGGACUUCAACAGGCACCUGGAUACUCUGACUGAGCAUUACGACAUUCCGAAAGUCAGCUGGACUAAGUGAAGGGACUGCUUUCCGAGGCUGGGGAUCAGGAGUUGUGUUUUGUUUGGUUUGAGCAGGGUUGCCAUGUAAACCUGCAUCUGCUCCGUACUGAGAGUGUAAUAUAUCUUCUGAACGUUUAUGACUUUGUACUGUCUUAUUUCAUUGUUUUGUUUUUUAAAAGCAAAUAUUCAACAAAGUCUCUUCCUGGCGGAUGAGCUCUGAUUUAUGUAGGUGCAGAGGGCUUUUUUUUUUACUGCUUAAAGUGAGAUUAAGGCCAAGAUCGAUUGCUGUGAGGCAGCUGGAAAACAUGCCUUUGUUUAAUACUAACAGUUCUUUUUGGAGGUGAAGGGUCUGACAGUCUCACAUAGCGUAAGCUUCUCUUGUAAGUUAUGGGAAUUGUGUAAUUUCCUUCUAUCUAGAGUUCUUUCAGAGGUGGGGGGUCUGCUGUAACUUGUAACUUUGAUGUAACUUAUUAAAAUGCUGCUUUCA